AUGGCCCCCUCUAUCCACCCUUUCAUCGAUAACGGCAUCGCUCGGGGCGACCCGAACUUUGCAGGUGGUUCUCUGCACUGCCACUGCCCAUCCAACCAAGUCGUCGUCGCAUUGAAGAGCAACGUCGCCCACAACCACGCCUGUGGCUGCAGCAAGUGCUGGAAGCCUAGCGGCGCCUUGUUCUCCAUUGUCGGCGUCAUCCCUCGUGAGAACCUCAGUGUCCAGGCCAACGAGUCGAAGCUCGCCAUUGUCGACUCUUCUGCGGUCAUCCAGCGCUAUGCCUGCCGUGAUUGCGGUGUCCACCUGUUUGGUCGCAUCGAGAAGGACCACCCCUUCCGCGGACUGGACUUUGUUCACGCGGAGUUGUCUGACCAGAAGGGUUGGCAAGAGCCCCAGUUCGCCGGCUUCGUCUCCUCGAUCAUUGAGCAGGGCUUCAACCCCAAGGGUAUGGAUGAGGUUCGUGCCAAGUUCAAGUCCGCUGGGCUCGAGAGCUACGAUGCCCUGUCACCACCCUUGAUGGACCUGAUUGCGACUUUCACUGCUCAAAAGGCCGGUGUGAAGUUUGCCAACCUUUGA